GUGCCAAGCUAACUGCGUGCCUGUCUGUGUCUCUCCGUCUCGGUGUCUCUGCCGGGGAACCGCGCUCCUAAAAUAACCCCGCUACAAUGCGCCAGCCUGACUCAGCCGCAGACAGCAGCAGCAGCAGCAGCAGCAGUGCGAGGGGGAAGAUGGCGCACCCGGCGAUGUUCCCUCGAAGGGGCAGCAGCAGCACCAGCACCACUGGCGGCGGCGGCCCCCCUCCCAGUGCCGGCGGUGCUGCCCUCUCUGCUGAGGAGUAUCAGCCACCCCUGCUGGGCCAGCCGCUGCUGCCCGCGUCUCCCGCAGCAGCAUCCGCCUCGCCGGGUCCCCAGCCGGCACCCCCUCCUCCACAGAGCCUGAACUUCCUCCCGCAGGCGCCGCUCCCGCAGCAGCCUCUGGGCCAGGCCGGAGCACAAAUGAAGAAGAAAAGCGGCUUCCAGAUCACUAGCGUGACCCCAGCCCAGAUUUCGGCCAGCAUCAGCUCCAACAACAGCAUAGCCGAGGACACGGAAAGCUACGAUGAUCUGGAUGAGUCCCACACGGAAGACCUGUCGUCUUCCGAAAUCCUGGAUGUUUCGCUCUCCAGGGCCACUGACUUGGGGGAACCUGAACGGAGCUCCUCUGAAGAGACCUUAAACAACUUCCAGGAGGCUGAGACUCCCGGGGCUGUCUCUCCAAACCAGCCUCACCUUUCUCAGCAGCACCCUCCUUUGCCUCACCCCGCCCAGCAGAGCGUUGUGAUCAAUGGGAGUGUUCACCCACAUCACGUUCACCACCACCAUCCCCUCCAUCACCAUGGCCAUCACCAUCCAUCUCCUUCUGGAGCGGGCAGCACACCAGCCUCUGGAGGACCACCUCCCAGUCCAUCCUUUAGAAAACUGUCCACAACUGGAAGCUCUGACAAUGUUAUAACAACUGCACCAGUUUCUGCUGCAUCAUCCACUGGUAGCCCGGCAUCUGUCAUGUCCAAUAUCCGCACUACAAGUACUUCUGGCAGUAUAGGUGUAAGUCCUGUUACCGGAACUAGUACGUUAAGUAAUAUGGGUGGUGGUAGCUCUGGUGUGACGAGCGGCAUGCUUGGUACUGUAAAUUUAAACAUCCCAGGUACUGGUAAUGUAAAUGCUUUGUCUGGAACUGGCAGCAGUGUUAAUGUUAAUAUCUUGAGUGGUAUUGGCAAUGGUACGAGUGCUUCCUCUAAUGUCAUUAACAAUGUUACUAAUCCAACAGCAGGAUUGGGAUCAAGUCAGCAGCAGCCUGCAGCUGGCACGUCAAGGUUUAGAGUUGUAAAAUUAGAUUCCAGCUCCGAACCUUUUAAAAAGGGGAGAUGGACAUGCACCGAAUUCUAUGAUAAAGACAACACUGUUGCAGUUACAGAAGGAGUAGCAGUAAACAAAGCAGUAGAGACUAUAAAACAAAACCCACUUGAAGUGACUUCUGAAAGGGAGAGCACCAGUGGGAGUUCUGUUAGCAGCAGUGUAAGCACACUGAGUCACUACACAGAAAGUGUGGGAAGUGGAGAAAUGGGAGCAUCUACUGUGGUACAACAGCAAGCAUUUCAGGGUGUGGGUCCGCAGCAGAUGGAUUUUAGCAGUGCUGGUCCUCAGCCUAUUCCAGCAUCCAGUAUACCACAGAGUGUUUCUCAGUCACAGCUUGCUCAAGUCCAGCUGCAUGCCCAAGAAGUAAACUAUUCGCAGCAAAAGCAAGGGGUCCAGCCUCCUGCGUCGGCCAGCCUAACCACUGUUACUGGAGUUCAGUCAACCCCAGUUAAUAUAGUAGGUGUAUCUUCAGCUUUAGGCCACCAACAACCUGCCAUGCAGAGUAUGGCUCAACAGCAGCUACCAUAUUCUCAGCCAGCACAACCUGUGCAAACUUUGCCAGUUGUACAACAGCAGCAACUACAGUAUGGACAACAACAGCAGCAACAACAGGCAGUUCCUACACAGAUGGCCCCGGGGGUUGUUAAACAAGUGAGUCAAAACUCUGUUACAGGGACUAUGCCAGACUACAUGCAACACCAACAGAUGCUUCAGACUUCAGCACCUGCCAUGCAGUCUGGUACUACAGCAGUAGGAACAGGCACACCAGUUCCUGUUGCUCAGGCACCAAGCAUGCAGCCUUCAGUACAAGCACACCCUGCCGUGACACCAGCCCAGCCUGUUGCACAUGCUCAAACAGUAAUGCCAGCGGUAGGUCCUAGUGGUCAGAUUCUGAAUGUUGGACAACAAGGAAGCGUACCUACAGUUGUACAGCAGGCACCUGGUGCAAACCAAAUUCCUCCUCCAGUUAUGCAACCAAGCACUGCUCCUCCAGCUUCACAAGUGGUGCAGCCUGUUCAGACUGGGAUAAUGCAGCAAGGACUACAGGCUGGUGGCCCAAGCCUUCCUCAGCAAAUGGUCAUUGCUCAGCAAAGUACUUUGUUACCUGUACAACCACAGGCACAGGCCUUAGAAUCUGUAGCACAAGGAAUGACCAGCCAGCAGUUGCCUGCAGUUAGUCCUAUACCUUCUGCUAGCACUGUUCCUGCUCCAAGCCAACCUAGUUCAAAUAUCCCUCCUGGUAUACCUUCUGCUUCUAUAAGUAUGGGUCCACCACACAAUAUAGCACAAGCUUCAACUGUACAAAAUGGGAAUUUGGUUCAGAGUGUUGCUCAGCCUUCCGUGAUAUCAACAAGUAUAGGUAUGCCAGUAGCACCAAGUGUGCCGCAACAGGUACCACUAAGCUCCACCCAGUUCCCUGUACAGUCACUAACUCAGUCAAUUGUAAGCCAGAUUGAAGAUGGCAGGCGCCCUACGGAACCUUCCUUAGUUGGUUUACCUCAAGCUGCUAGUGGUGAAAGUGGUGUUGGAGCACCAGCUCUUUCAGAUGGGAGUGGCAGCAGCAUAACGUCCUCUGCUUCCCUUUUUCCUCUGAAGGUACUGCCGCUGACAACACACCUUGUUGAUGGUGAGGAUGAGAGAUACAGAAGGACAGAGUCUAACUUUGUACUAGUAUGCCUGGGAAGAGGCAUUACCAAAGUUAAUUAUGUCUAGUGCAAAAGCUGGGAGGUCUCACUGUUCAAAGCAGACAGGAUAUUCCACAUUGUUUACACUAUGUCCUCUCUUGCUGGGUUCUGAACAGAGCCACGGUUGCAGAAAGAUGACCAGCAUGUAGCACAGCCAAUACGCCAGACUAGUAAUAGCUAAUCCCAUCAGUCCACUUUCUAAACCUGGCUGUCUUGGUACCCAACCAGAAUUUUCUCCCUCUGCCAUAAGUGAAACUGCAAACUCUCUGCGCAAUGAAUACAUGAGAAUCAUCUUUCAGAUUUGUAUACAACCCAGCCCAGAAGCCCUAUUCCAGUAAUCAAAAUUAACAUCACAAAAAUGAUCAAAUUGGGGCAAGAAAACACUUGCUGUAUAGGUUCAUACCCUAAGGAAAGAGUAGGAUCCCUGUAAGAUUUUCGCAAGGGGGAUUCAGGUACAUCAGAUUCUUUUUUUCCUCCAUCUUCAAAUCUGAAAAAAAAUGUAAACAGAAGCAAGGAAAAUAAGAAGCUCUCUUGCCAAAAGGUGCAGAAGAAUUUAUAUAUCUCUAGCUCAAAAAGAUCUGUUCAUUGGAACCCAACCAGAGGAGCAGUUCUAUCAAAGAUUUUGGUUGCUGUAAGAGGAAAAAACCCAAAAAGCAAAACAGAAGUGCCUUCUUUGUAUUCCUCAGAGUUUUCAAGACAGACGUGUGCAAUUGAGAAACUGUUGUGGAAAGAUAAAAAGCAUGAGAACAGACAGCUGUCUUCCUGGGAGGAAGUGAAGCAAUUGCCCACUUGAACCAAAAAAGUAAUAAGAAAAUUCAAAUAAGUUAUUUUUACCAGAGGGUUUCAGAAUCAUCCACAGAAGAUCAUGCUCUUAAAAUAAAGAUUUAUAUGUGAACAAUCAAAGGAAAGCAACAAAGAAAAUUAUUAAGUAACUUACUAAACAUUAAAUGGAAAAGAUUUCACCACAAUUUCCUAGGAUGAACUGAAUGGAGAACGAACUUAAAUCUGCAAUUUUUAUUUUUAAAAGAUCUUGAAGUAGAUGAAUCCUCUCAUGCCUUUUAAUUGUCACCUGUUUCAAUACUUAGGGAAGAAAAUUUCUCAUCUUCUGUCUCUUAAUGGAAUUUCUGACAGGAGGGACCUGUUCUAAGUUGAGUCUGAGUUCUUGCUACAGAGCCCAGAGCAUGGUCCACAAAGCCAUCUCAGUCUCUCAAAGCAGAAAUAUUUCCUUGGCUCACCUUGGAGAUGCUAAACAUAUCUGGGAUGCAUUGAUGACACAGAUUGUAUGCUUUGAAGAUAGUGUCAGUUAUUACUGCUCUUUAUUUAAAGGCAAGAAAAUACCCAAAUUGGUUCCCAAAGAUGAAUUCAACACGGUAUAUUCAAAGUAAAUAAAGCAAAGAAUGUAAUUCCUGUCAGCCAUCAGAGCAUGCUCUUACUGAAGGCAGUAAGCAGAACAUUGGUAGGAUAUGCAUCAGAGGGAAAUAGGUAUGUCAGCCUCCAAAUGUAAGGUCAUCAGCCAAUGCUGGUUUUAACCAUAGAAUAUUGCAGGUGGACAAACCUUCUGUUAACAAAAGCAGGCUUAACUAUUAAUGCACCUCACCUCAUUCUUCAUAACUCAUCUGUACAGUAGUCAUUUAAAAUCUCACUGUUUAGAUCCUACAUAUUCUGUUCUGAUGAAUAAGAACUGUCAUGCACGUUUGCGUUAGUAAAGGUCCAGUGAUCCAGUUCACCAUGCAAAAGAAAACUGGUUUAACAGAUGCAGUAAUAAAGACAGGUGUUCAUGUGUUCUCCAGCCAUGUUAGAUGUGGAUAUCAGAAGGAUCCCUGUUAAUUGAAGGUGUUUCAGAAGGGGAUUACCUUUCUGGCAAAGAUUGACGGGUCUGAUUCUGCAAAGAGGCCUUUACUAAUGGAUCUGUGGAUUUCUUCUAUUGAGGAGUGGGAGCAGGGGGAGGGACCUCAUUUAAAUAAAGGACGUUUUUCUUUCUUUUCUUUUUUUAAGGUAAGUACAGAUACCUUUUUAUGUCCAAUUACUUUAUUUUUGCGUGAAGCGGUUGGGAUAACUGUUUAUUCCAUUGCCACAGUAUAGACGGUGGUUGUGGCUAAAUAGCCCUUUUACUCUAAACCUCUGUUUUAAAUUGCUGGUAACUGGAGCUUGUCAGAAAACAGGAGGGGAAAUUUUGAAUGUUCCAUUUCACAAUUUUUUUUUAAAUAUGUUAGAAACUUUUCAGAUAUUUAAAUGUGCAACAAGCUUGAAUACCUCCUUCUGGGGAGCAAAAAAACCACAUUGUUCUUAACUUAUGGCGGUUUU